AUGAUGAAAAUUGUCUGUAGCAUUCUGUUUCUAUUUGCUUUGUCAGUGAAAGUUGCAUUAUUAAUUCGACCAAAGUCCAAACUUAUACGUAAUCCUUUAAAUUGUACUUAUGAAGACGGAACAUUAUGUGGAUGGAAUAUGGAUCCAAGAGAUGUGUUGGCUUUGUGGCAAGUGGUGGAUAUACUUGAUUACAAGACAAAAGCCAUGUGUCUUUCACCGAAUCCAGAUUUAUCAAUUUAUCAAGAUGUUUCUGAUUUGAAAUUUAAGACAGAUAUUUCAGCUCGCUUAUGGAGUGGUCAUGUUCGUGUUAGCAAGCAACUAAAAGAUCAUGAGAUACAAUGCCUGCAGUUCACUUAUUUCAUACCACCAAAAAUAACGCCUAAAGGUCGGCUAACAAUUAUGAGACAUUCAGAUGGAUCAUGCACUAAAAAGACUGUAGAUGGAAGAAAAGAAUCAUUAUUGUGUGAAAAUGAAAAAUUAUGGACGUCAGAUUAUUCAUUUCAUACUGAAAGUGAAUUGUUAUCCUCAACAUCUUUAUGGAAAACAAUUACUCUAUCAUUGAUUGAUUCAAAUGAACAAAUUAUAACUGAUUAUAAGCUGAUAUUAGAAGGUACAAUUCCUGCUGGCUAUCCAGAUGCUAGAAUCUGUGUCGAUAAUAUUACUUCCUAUACUGAACCAUGUAGUGCUCUGGAGAAAGCAUCUGCACCAUUGCCAAGUCAAUGGAGUUGGGCACAAUACUUUGGAUUGACAUUUGUUGGUGCUUUAAUCUUAGGUUUAUUAAUACCAGUGUUGUUUUUGGUUAUUCUGAUUUGGGCCUGUCGUCGCCGUCAUCAUGCUAUGCACUCAAACUAUACGAAUAGUAAAUUAUUUUCAACAAAUCUAUGGUAUUACAUCGGUGGCAAAGAAAUAUGUGAUGAUCCAAAUGGUUUUCGUGGUAGUUCAAGUUUGUUACGUUCAAAACAAUUUAAUUCACCGUCAGCAACUGGUACUUUAUUGAAUGGUGGUGGUGGACAUCAUCUGAUGUUGAGUAAUGCUGAUGUAAUGGAUUUACCUGAUGUAGUUGUACCAGGUGGACGUGUAGUAGCCUUUAAUUAUUCUGGAAAUACUUUAGGCGGUAACACACUUCGUCAUAAUCAUAAUAAUGCUGGAUAUACAAACACAAAUUAUCUAUCAAAUGCACAAAAUGGUCAGGUUAUGCUAACAAAUGUUAAUGGGACAGUUUCAUUGAAUAAUUGUGGUACAAAUGUUACUACUGUUGCACGUACUGGUCAAAAUGCAAUGCCGUUAGUAUCAAAUGAACUUAUUCAACAACAGUCACAAAGUCAACAACAAAAUGAAACUUAUAAUUACCAAACGAAUCCAGUUUUCGGGGAAUCUGCCUCUAUGGCACUGAUGACAGCUAGUCAAUCUCCAAUGCUGAUGACACAAUCUAUGGCACCAAAUUAUGGUUCUGAAGCAAAUCACAUUGCUCAGUCAAAUUUUUCCAAUGCUAAUACUCAACAAAUAAACCAAUUAAAUUCAAAUGGUCAAGUAUACAACAAACCAGCAGUACCACCAGCACAACAACAACACCAUCAACCACGUGCACAAUCGCAAUAUUUCCCCCCGACCCAACAAUCUCAAACGAAUUUGAUCCAACCACAACCACAAAUAUCUCAAUCAUUUCAACAACAACAACAACAACAGCAGCAGCAGCAACCGUCCAACUUUCAAUUUCAGAACCAACUUCAACAGCAACAACAACAGUUAGUAGCUAACCAAACACCUGUUUCUAAUCAGUUUCAUCUACAGUCUGUACAACAAUCACACCAACAACAGUCUGUACAACAAUCACAGCAACAACAGUUUCCUCUUCCACCACCUCCCCCAACAUGUCAAUUGCAACAAAUGAAUCUUCAACAGGCUGCAAAUUUACCACCACAAACACAACAACAAAAUCAACCUGUUCCUUUUAAUCAACAACCAGUUAAUCAUCAGUAUCCAUUUCAGUCACAACCAUCACAAGUACAACAACCAGUACCGACUGAUCAACGAAGACAACAAGUAGUGAAUGGACAAAUACAAACAUCUGUUGCCGUUGUUACUGCACAAACUGCUCCCAUUCCACUUGGUUCAUCGCAACAAAAUUGUCAACCUCUACAACAACAGUCUAACACUAAUACUACAAAUUCUGGUAAUAAUAAUAAUUUGAAUAAUGGGAAUGCAUUAAUAACAAUAUCAAAUAAUCGUUGUUUAUCUAUGUCACCAACGUCCGUUGGAACUGAUUCACUUACUGAAGCUGAUCAACAAGCUGCUAUGGCUUUGUUAGCUGCUGCCACAGAAGGUAUGGAUACAUUUCGAGAAAAUCAAACAACACCGAGUAGUUUACAGUCUCCAAUUCCAAUAGUCAAUAAUAACAUUAGGAGAUUAGAUUCAUGCAUUAAUACUACUACUGCUACAAAUACUACCACUAAUAAUGAUAUUAACACUCAAGUACCAGUUGAUGAAGACAAUCCACCACCAGGAUAUGAUGAAGCUAUUGGUUUGAUACAAAACAAUUUCAUGAAUAAUGUUAACAUGGCAAUGAUGAUGAAUACAAUGGUGAAACCAGCUGUUCCUAUACCGAACACAACUUGUACACCACCACCAGCAUUACCACCACGUCGAAUUAUUAACGGAGUUGGUUUAGAAGAUAUUGAGGAUCCACAAUCAAUGACAUCGUGUAUAUCGUUAGCUGAACGUUAUGGUCUACCUGUAGCUGAAAUUUAA